CCUCUCUACUCGCGUCGCGCUGUCAAAUCAACGUUAGCCGAAGCGUGGAGGUGUUGGUGUAGCGUCUCUGUUUAUUAUACCUAAGUUGUUUUUGUCGUAUUUAUUACUGUAUUGAAUAAGUGAAAUUUAUUGACAAUAAAGUAUUGCGAGUUUUCAAGAUGUUGGUGCUAUUCGAAACAUCGGCGGGUUACGCUAUUUUCAAGUUGCUGGACGAGUCAAAGUUGACACAAAUUGAUGACUUGUACCAGGAGUUCAACACACCGGAGGGAGCUUCUUCAGUGGUGAAACUAAAGAACUUUAUAAAAUUUGAAGACACAGCUGAAGCUCUUGCAGCUACCACAGCAGCCAUUGAAGGCAAAGUGUCCAAACCAUUGAAGAAAGCUCUUAAAAAGUACAUUAGCAAGGAAGUGCAGGACCAGCUGCUUGUCGGUGAUGCCAAGUUAGGAAGUGCCAUCAGAGAAAAGUUUGACUUGCAGUGUGUGUCCAACAAUAAUGUUCAGGAGCUGCUCCGAUGUAUCCGCUCACAGAUGGACAGCCUGCUGGCCGGUCUGCCAAAGAAAGAAAUGACAGCUAUGGCUCUGGGUUUAGCUCACUCACUGUCAAGAUAUAAACUAAAAUUCUCUCCUGACAAAAUCGACACUAUGAUUGUUCAGGCUCAAUGCUUACUGGACGAUCUUGAUAAGGAGCUAAACAAUUAUGUCAUGAGAUGCAGAGAGUGGUAUGGAUGGCACUUCCCAGAAUUGGGUAAGAUCAUUACAGACAACACACUUUUUGUAAAAAUUAUACAAAUGAUGGGAACGAGGGACAAUGCUUCCCAGACAGAUUUGUCAGAUAUUCUUCCGGAGGACUUGGAGGAGAAAGUAAAGGAGGCAGCUGAGAUCUCGAUGGGAACUGAGAUAUCGGACGAUGAUAUCUUGAACAUUCAGAAUCUAUGUGAUGAAAUCAUCUCUAUCACGGACUACAGAACACAUCUGACCGAUUACUUGAAAGCUAGAAUGAUGGCCAUGGCACCCAAUCUGACUGUGCUGAUCGGUGAACAUAUUGGAGCUAGGUUAAUUGCACAUGCUGGGUCACUGAUGAACUUAGCCAAACACCCAGCCUCAACUGUACAGAUCUUUGGAGCUGAAAAAGCUUUGUUCAGAGCCUUGAAGACCAAAAAGGACACACCUAAGUAUGGUCUCAUCUACCAUGCUCAGCUAGUUGGUCAGUGUAGUACUAAGAACAAAGGCAAAAUGUCACGCAUGUUGGCGGCGAAGGCAGCUCUAGCGACGAGGGUCGAUGCUUUCGGAGAAGAUGUGUCGUUUGAGUUAGGAGCGGAACACAAAGUAAAACUAGAGAAUAGGUUAAGGCUGCUGGAGGAAGGCAACCUGCGGAGAAUUAGUGGAACGGGCAAGGCAAAGGCCAAGUUCGAAAAAUACCACAGCAAGAGCGAGGUGUUCCACUACCCGACUGCUGCAGACAGCACCCUGGGUCAGAAGCCAGUGAAGCGUGAACACUCACCCGAUGAGGAUGGCCCCUCAGUCUCUGCCAAGAAAAUUAAACUAGAAGAUGGUGCUAGUGAUGUAACACCAAAGAAAGAGAAGAAAAUUAAAGUAGAAGUGAAAGAAGAAGUUGAAAACAAUAGCCAGGAGGAGCCAGUCUCAGAGAAGAAGAAGAAAAAGAAGAAGAAAUCAGAGAUCCAACCCGUUGAGGAAGCAGAGGAGGCUGUAGAGGAACCUAAGAGUGAAAAGAAAAAAAAGAAGAAGCGGCAAUCACAACCUGAGGAGGAAUAGAUAAUAAAAUAAGAAGUAAUUGUGGACCCACCACCACCUUGCAGAUGUGCAAUGUAUUAUAUAAUUCAGCGCUGAAGUCUAAACUGGCAAAAAAUACAUACAAUAACAAGUGUUAAUUUUUUUAUCAUGGCAACUGAGUCCACCUUUAUGUGGUUGACUAUACUGCCUUUGUCAUACUUGUUAAUACCUGUAAAACUGUGGCAUGUGAUGUAUUACCUGUACAGGUAUAAAAAAUUGUCAUGUCAAAUCAUACUUUAAAAAUAGCAUUUGCAAAAAACAAGGAAUCCUGCUGACCUUACGGGUACAUAAAUUAGUACCUUAGAUUUGUAUAUAGAUAGGUAUAACAUGUGUAGGAUGGACAAUGAGAAAUCCUAUAGUUAAGGAGUUGUUGCGUUCUAUUCUUUAAGUGAAAAUGUAUUAUAACAAUGGUUAUAAUUAAAGAUUAUAUUCGUA